AAAUAACUUAAAAACCGGCCUCUUCUUUUUAACAGAUUGAUCUGGAGAUGGAAGGAAUGAUUCUAGUGCAUGUCUUCGUGUUUCUUGUCGCACUUAUCUCCUACAUUUUCAUAAGAAGGAACCGAAGGGAUAUGGCUAAGCUCCCUCCAGGUUCACUCGGCUGGCCAUAUAUUGGGGAAACACUUCAACUCUACUCUCAAGAUCCAAACGUCUUCUUUGCUAACAAACAGAAAAGGUAUGGUGAAAUCUUCAAGACCCACAUCUUGGGCUGUCCUAGUAUUAUGUUGGCUAGCCCUGAGGCAGCUCGGUUCGUGUUGGUCACCCAAGCCCAUUUGUUCAAACCGACUUAUCCUAAAAGCAAAGAGAACUUGAUCGGCCCUUUGGCAUUGUUUUUCCAUCAAGGGGAGUACCACACUCGCCUAAGGAAGCUAGUUCAAGGCUCGUUAUCGCUUGACAAUCUCCGUGGUUUGGUCUCAGAUAUUGAAGCAAUAUCAGUCUCCACCUUGAACUCAUGGACAGACGGCCACAUCGUCAACACGUUUUAUGAGAUGAAAAAGCUAUCCUUUGAGGUUGGAAUACUCGCUAUAUUCGGACACUUGGGGACCAGCCAAAAAGAGCAACUAAAGAGAAACUACAGCAUCGUAGAUAAAGGUUACAACUCUUUCCCGACGAAAUUACCAGGCACCCCCUUCAAAAAGGCUAUCAUGGCCAGGAGACAGCUGCAGAAGAUUUUAAGUGAACUCAUUUCGAAGAGGAAAGAAAAGACGUCAAUAGAGAAAGACCUGUUGGGAUGUCUGCUGAACUCCAAAGAUGAGAAGGGUGAAAUCUUGAGUGAAGAUCAGAUUGCCGAUAACAUCAUCGGAGUUCUGUUUGCUGCUCAAGACACCACAGCCAGUGCAAUGACCUGGAUUCUCAAGUACCUGCAUGAUCACCCGAAACUUCUAGAGACAGUAAAGGGUGAGCAGAAGCUAAUCCACCAGCUUAAUGAUGAGGCUAAUCUUCAGUUGACAUGGACUCAGACAAGAAAUAUGCCGAUUACUCACAAGGUGAUAUUGGAGAGCUUGAGGAUGGCAAGCAUUAUAUCAUUCACAUUUCGAGAGGCAGUUACUGAUGUAGAAUACAAGGGCUUCCGAAUACCAAAAGGCUGGAAGGUCAUGCCUUUAUUUAGGAAUAUCCAUCACAAUCCUGAAUUCUUUCCUAAUCCUCGGGAAUUUGAUCCUUCACGAUUCGAGGUUGCACCAAAGCCCAACACAUUUAUGCCGUUUGGAAGUGGAGUCCAUGCUUGUCCUGGAAAUGAGCUUGCUAAGCUAGAAAUGCUCAUUAUGGUUCACCAUCUAGUCACCAAGUACAGAUGGGAAGUGGUGGGAUCUGAAAGUAGGAUUCAGUAUGGUCCAUUUCCAGUCCCAAUGCAUGGACUUCCAGCCAGAUUUCUGAAGGAAUCUACCUAG